AUGGCACCCUUCCAGGCAGGAUUUUCCAUCGAAAAAGAGGAGAAACCGUCGUCAUCGUCAUCAUCACCACAUGGCAGCAGUGGAAUGAAAGCUACAUCAGCAUCUCAGUCAGCAGCACCAACGAAAUCAUCAGCCUCCAAAGCUCGCCCAAUGUUUGGUCUAAUGCAUUACCUGAUUCACGCCGUUCUAUUUGUGCUAUGUUUGGCAUUGGCCGCGACCUAUACUCUCAAAAUCAUCCACGAUGAUUACUUUGUCACAUUGAUUGAAAGGGCUCGCAGGACUGACGAGGAUUUAGUGGACGAAUACACGUAUUACGAACGACGUUGCAAUGUGGUCGACAUUACCGCUACCAAAGAAGAAGCCAACCAAUUGAUUGUGGAUUCCAAAGAGACCGCUAUUCCCACAAUGAUGACACAUGGAGCCAUUAUGAUUCCGCAAGUCUUGUCGGAUUCCAUGAUCCAAGAACUCCGCGACUUUGUGGUUUGGAAGAACCAUGCUGUCAGUGGCACGGAUGAUGAAUAUCCCGUCACGGCGGGGGAGCAUCGAAUUAGUUAUGGGAUUGAGGCAGCGGAACAUCCAACGGUAGUAAGAGCUUUGAAGGCUGUACACGAUAAUGGACAGUUGAAGGGGAUUUUGGAAGGAUUGGUUGGACGCAAUCCAGCGUUGACGGAAAUUACGGCCAUUACAUCGCGCUAUGGGUCGUCCCAUCAGCCGUGGCAUCCAGAUGUCAAGCCCGAUGGAAAUGGUGUCCAAUUUGGAAGAACCUAUAGUCAUUCAUAUUCCUUGUUUAUUCCACUGCAGAAUACUACAGGAGCAAUGGGUGCUACUGACUUGUGUCCAGGAACCCAUUACUGUGCUGAUUGGAUUGACGCCCAAUGCGAAGAAAACAAGAUUGGGCUUCACGAAAUUCGUGAUGGAGGAAUCUGGAAGGCUGGGGAUGCUGUCUUACUUAAUCAACAAGUCUGGCAUCGAGGUACUGAGCAUACGGAUCCAGAUGCACAAGAACGCAUUCUUUUCAUUUUGAGUUUUAUUGGGCGGCCCACGGACAACCGGCAACUAGCGAGAGGUACCUAUUUUCACAUGAAGUGGAACAUGUGGGGUCACACCUGGCAAGAUUUGGCGGAUGCCGCCAUUUCCAUGGCUAGUCCUUGGAACAUGCUUCGUUGUCUCCAUUUGUGGAAGGCCAAGGGCCGUGAGUGGGGAUAUGAUCUCUUUACGGCGGCGACUCUUCGGAUUGCCAAUCAGCAACUGGGAUGUGAGCCAGGUGAUUUAGAAGGUCUGCUCAAUGUUUUGGCCAAGCAUGGCUUUCCAGGAUGGCUUGACGGUACCAUUGAUUUGGAACAUGAGGAAGCAUGGCAGAUCUACCUUGGCGAAACGGUUGAGCUUACCCUUGCAUUUCUAAUCAAGGCCAACGCAGUUGCCAUUGCUUUAUAUCUUGUGAUGUGCUUGGGUCCUUCACUGACGGGGCGAUCUGGCUCGAGAUCACCCACCCGCUCCUUUUCGGGAAAUCUGCUGCUCCUUUUCCGCACCUAUGGAAUUGCGAUUGCGCUAGGUUGGUUCGCUCUCAACAAGGUUCAAUCGUCACCGUGGGCUCGGAAUAUUUCUGCUGGAAAAACUCUGAUGCGCCCAUUUCCUGUGGCCAAAGAUGUCAUGAGAGAUGAUCCUUCCGUUGUCAAGGGCCCUACAACUGUGCCACUACGAACAGAUGUGUUGGUGGGCACACGACUUGCUUCCAAGACCAUUGGUGUCUACUCUCGCUGGCACGACUUUCAUCCGGGAAAUCGAAAGUUUAUGAAGGACGUCUCUGCGUUUGGUGGAAAGUUCUUUCGCUCACUUGAGACAUCUUUCCCCAUCUUGGCGGACACUGUGGUGCAAGGUGCCAUGCAAGAUAUUCAAUAUGACAAUGGCCGAUUCUUGCAACAAGACUAUCGAACGGGCGACUGGAGACUCAUGAGUGAGGCAGAAUCUUUGGAAUACAUUCGAAUGAAAUUGUUCUUCGGAACCAAUACGGUAGAAGCUGCCAUCAAGGGCGAAAUUGACUACUUGCUUGGCGACUAUCGUUUUGGAUUUGCAAGAUUGAUGGCCAUGUCCAAAAUUUCUCAGACUCGUCUGCAAGCACUGGAAAAGCUUUUGACAAGGACGCACCACAAUGAGGAAUUUUCUACUUCUAGGCGUCGCUUGGCAUCUUUUUCGUCAGUAACAGAGAAGAGUAAAUCGCAACUCAAGAUUGACGUAGCUUCGGUUGUCACCCCAUCCUGCGAAAGAGUGCUCGAAGAUGACAGGGCGUCGACAAAUCUAUUUAAAGAUUUCAACAAGGAGUUACCCGAACUCCGUCCGUACUCGGAAGUCAAUUGGCAUUAUACCGAGGACUCUGAAGAUGAAGUAGGCGAACUAAUUCCUGCCACGAUCCUUAGUCUUUACGACGACGAGUAUGCUGAGAUUGCUCUAUACGGAGAAUGGGCAUAUGAAUUUGACAGCGAGCCAGUGAUCGAGGUUCCCAUCAGAGAAUUAUCUCCUCGAAUUCAGCCUGUAGAGGGUCUUCCAGUCCGUGGAAACUAUCUUCGAUUGGGGGACUGGUGGGGUGGCAAGAUUCAAAACGUUCGUCCAUCUGGAAGGAUCACGAUAUUAUAUGAGGAUGGCGACUCUGAGAACGAGACUGAGUUGGACCAGUACAUUGUACAGUGA